GCGCACACGCGCGAUCCACGGCCACGCCCGCACACACUCGACACACAGGGCAUUCGAGGGUCCGGUUGCCAUGGCAAGCAGGAGCGCACUCGGCGGCCAGCUGUCUGACGUCACCAAGCACGGGGGCUGGGGCUCGGGGCUCGGCUCCGGGAGAGCUCGGGCGGGAGCCCAGAGAGAGCCGCACGGGGACCUCAAGCCAGACCCCAGCGUCCCGCCGCCACCUCGGCCCGGGCCCGCCCCGCCCCGGCCCCGCCCCUUUCCAGCCCGCCCCACCCCCUCUACGCCCCUCCGCCCGGACCCCGCCCCCUGGGCAGCCCCUCCGCCCUCUCCGCCCGGGCCCCGCCCCCUCCCCCUGGCCCUCGCCACCGGUCCAGGGAGGGGACGGCGGGACAGGCGGGACCGGUGGGACCAGCGGGAGGGCGGACAGGGCGGGGACAUGGCCGCGGCGCCGGGAGGGUCAGCGCAGCCUGCUGGCCCCGGCCCGCGCCUGGGUUUCAGCACCGCGGACAGCGGCGUCGGCAUGAGCGGGCUACAUCCCGGCCCCGCCGUGCCCAUGAAGGACCACGACGCCAUCAAGCUCUUCGUGGGGCAGAUCCCGCGGGGCUUGGACGAGCAGGACCUCAAGCCGCUGUUCGAGGAGUUCGGCCGCAUCUACGAGCUGACGGUGCUGAAGGACCGGCUCACCGGCCUCCACAAAGGCUGUGCCUUCCUCACCUACUGCGCCCGGGACUCUGCUCUCAAGGCCCAGAGUGCACUGCACGAGCAGAAGACCCUGCCAGGGAUGAAUCGUCCGAUCCAAGUGAAGCCAGCUGCCAGUGAGGGCCGAGGAGAGGACCGAAAGCUGUUUGUGGGGAUGCUGGGCAAGCAGCAGGGUGAGGAGGACGUCAGACGCCUGUUCCAGCCCUUUGGCCACAUCGAGGAGUGCACGGUCCUGCGGAGUCCUGACGGCACCAGUAAAGGCUGUGCCUUUGUGAAGUUCGGGAGUCAAGGGGAAGCUCAGGCGGCCAUCCAGGGUCUGCACGGCAGCCGGACCAUGGCGGGCGCCUCGUCCAGCCUCGUGGUCAAGCUGGCGGACACUGACCGGGAGCGCGCGCUGCGGCGGAUGCAGCAGAUGGCCGGCCAGCUGGGCGCCUUCCACCCCGCGCCACUGCCGCUAGGGGCCUGCGGCGCCUACACCACGGCGAUCCUGCAGCACCAGGCGGCCCUGCUGGCCGCGGCACAGGGCCCAGGCCUAGGCCCGGUGGCGGCAGUGGCGGCCCAGAUGCAGCACGUGGCGGCCUUUAGCCUGGUGGCUGCUCCUCUGUUGCCCGCGGCAGCAGCCAACUCCCCGCCCGGCAGCGGCCCUGGCACUCUCCCAGGUCUUCCGGCGCCCAUCGGGGUCAAUGGAUUCGGCCCUCUGACCCCCCAGACCAACGGCCAGCCGGGCUCCGAUACGCUCUACAAUAACGGGCUCUCCCCUUACCCAGCCCAGAGCCCUGGCGUGGCUGACCCCCUGCAGCAGGCCUACGCUGGGAUGCACCACUACGCAGCAGCCUAUCCGUCGGCCUAUGCCCCAGUGAGCACAGCUUUUCCCCAGCAACCUUCAGCCCUGCCCCAGCAGCAGAGAGAAGGCCCCGAAGGCUGUAACCUCUUCAUCUAUCACCUGCCUCAGGAGUUUGGUGAUGCGGAACUCAUACAGACAUUCCUGCCCUUUGGAGCCGUUGUCUCUGCUAAAGUCUUUGUGGAUCGAGCCACCAACCAGAGCAAGUGUUUUGGGUUUGUUAGUUUUGACAAUCCAACUAGUGCCCAGACUGCUAUUCAGGCAAUGAAUGGCUUUCAAAUUGGCAUGAAGAGGCUCAAGGUCCAGCUAAAGCGGCCCAAGGAUGCCAACCGGCCUUACUGACCUGCUCUCACCGACCAGCCACAGAAAGAAACGGAAGAGUGAGAAGAAAGGAGAGGAAAAGCACAGAAACGCUUGAGCAGCCCUUCCCAAAGGAGCAGCUGCGGACAGACGGAGGUGGAUCGGACCCAAGGCUGGUGCCUGGGGCUAAGGCCACUCUAAGGAUUGUUUUUAUCAAGUGGGUUGUUCUGUGCCUGCAGCAUAGAGCGCAGGCUGGCAGAGCAACUAGGGCUGGUGAAGAGUGACUGUCCAGGGGAACCAGCAGAGGGCGUUGGGGGUGCCAAGGGCUUCUCCACAAGGGAAGCCCAGAUUCACUUCUUACAAAAUCAUAUCAUUCCUUAGAGUUUAGGGACCAAAGGACUAUUGCUUUUUUAAGAAUAUAUAUAUCUAUAUAAAUUAAAACAAAGAAACAAACAAAAAGACAAACAACAACAAAAAAAGACAGUAUAGAGUCUCAUAAAAGCUGCCUUUAAAUAUCCCUAGGAGACAGGGUGAAGGAGACCCUUGACAGCCCCAGCCUAGGCAGAGGGAGGCUGUGGAAAGAUUGUUCUGUGUCUCAUUCCCUCUGAAGCCACUCCCCGACCCUUCCCCUUUAAAAAUAAUUAAGGAUUUGAGGUCUAGGCUCAUAUGCAGGUAAUGAGAAAGUUAUAGAAGCAGUGAACCCACAAUCCACAAUCCUCAAACUCAGAGUGCAUCCCGGAAGAGGCCCCAGGCGGAGCUCAGGUCCGCCCUGGCCUUUGCCAUCCCAGGAGGCCCCCUAGCCAGCAAGAGUGGGACUGCCUUUCCUGUGGAACCACUGCUUCCCCAGGCAGGAAGAAAGAGGGAGUUCUGGCCACCUGAGCCUUUCCCUUGCCAAUCCAGGUAGACAGAGGCCCUGCCUUUGGCUGAGCUGAGACACCUCUUGUUUCCCUUCCCCUUGAACCAGUCCCAAUGUCCCCUUGCUCCAGGCUACCUUCUGUCUCUUAGUCUAAGUUUGCCCACCUGUAAAGUAGAUUCAGGAUAUCUGUACAGGGCUGUGACAACAGACUUGGAAGGUUUGCUACUGUAUAUACUGCCAUUGAGAAGGGGAAAUUUUUCAACAUGUAGAAGCUUCAGAAUUAGAGGUCCCUCUUUACCCCGGACCUGAGAGGAAAGUAGAUGUUUUGCCAAAAUACUACUUCAUUCCUUUAAAAAGUACAUCUUUCCUAUGCAAGAGUGUCUCACAUGUGCUUAACCGAGGUGCUUCUAGUUGGUGAGCAGUGUUGAGCUUAGAAGUGGUGUGUGCUCUGUCUGUCUGUCUUUGUCUGUCUGUUGUAUACAGUGGGUGCCAUAUAAAGCUGAUCAAUGGUGGUGCUUCCUGCCUGCUUCUGUGAGAUGGGCAAAAGAUUCAGCUUAGAACACCAUGACUCACCUUGCCUUGGUCAGCCUUUCCUGGGCCUGUAGGGCCUUGCACAUAUUUUUCCCAGGAGGAUUUCCCCUCCACCCCACAGACAUGGAUCAGCUUAGUCUGAGGCCCCAGCUGUGUGGGGUCACUCUAAUCCCCAGAUGUUGCUGAGGCUGAAGGCCUCUGAUCUGAUAACAUGUCAGAUAGUAAAAGAUGUGGGGGUGGGGUUGGAGGACUCCUCCUUCAUAACAGUUUCUAAGAAAACUUGUUCCCACCUGUU